GCGGCUGCAUCCUCACCGGGACGCGGAGACACAAAGGCUUGUUGUGUAACUAAUUGAGGGCUUAUGUGUUUGCGGUGGACAAAUACGCAUUAAGGAUUGCGGUUUGUGUGGUUAUGUUCAUUAAGACAUUCCUGCACGGAUUGGGGCGACAGAGAGUGGGGGGCUUUACAUAAUAAUACUGUGCAUGCUUUUCACGUGAAAUGCCCCUUUAAAAGCAGGCUUCCUUCAGCCACAUAGAGGCACAUAGUAAACGAGCGGAUUGGGAGGAGUGAAAAGUCUGUCAGCUGCACUUUGUUGUGUCAAUUCGGAUUCAGGAUGGUCUCGUCGUACCCUUUACCGGAAGGCUUCUCCGACUUCGAUGUGUUUUCCCUGGGAACUUGUCUGCUGGUGGAGGGCAUGCUGGGCUUCUUUCUAAAUGCGGUGACAAUCGUUGCUUUCCUGAAAGUGAGAGAGCUGAGGACCCCAAGCAAUUUCCUUGUGUUCAGUUUAGCGAUGGCUGAUAUUGGCAUCUCAAUGAACGCCACCGUCGCAGCCUUCUCCAGCUUCCUGAGGUACUGGCCUUAUGGUUCUGACGGAUGCCAGACUCACGGUUUCCAUGGCUUUAUUACAGCUCUUUCCAGCAUCCACUUCAUAGCCGCCAUUGCCUGGGACAGAUACCACCAGUACUGCACGAGGACAAAGCUGCAGUGGAGCAGCGCCAUCACUCUGGCUGUAUUUGUCUGGCUCUUCACUGCCUUCUGGUCUGCUAUGCCACUCAUUGGCUGGGGAGAGUACGACUACGAGCCCCUGAGGACCUGCUGCACUCUGGACUACACUAAAGGAGACAGAAACUACGUGUCUUACUUGAUCCCAAUGUCCAUCUUCAACAUGGCCAUCCAGGUGUUUGUGGUCAUGUCCUCUUACCAGGCCAUUGCACAGAAAUUCAAGAAGACUGGCAACAACAAAUUCAACCCCAACACUCCGCUCAAGACCAUGCUGCUCUGCUGGGGCCCCUACGGCCUCCUGGCUUUCUACGCCGCUGUGGAGAACGCCAACCUGGUUUCCCCCAAGCUCAGGAUGAUGGCUCCAAUCCUGGCUAAGACCUCUCCGAUCUUCAAUGUCUUCCUGUAUGCUUUGGGAAAUGAGAACUACAGAGGAGGCAUCUGGCAGUUCCUCACCGGGGAAAAGAUUGAAGUUCCUCAAAUUGAGAACAAGUCCAAAUAAACUAAGCAUGCAAUAAUUACACACUUACUGUCCUGGUGUUUUCUCACAGGUACCUAUGUUUCUGUCUGUUAGUGUAUGUGCAUGUGUUGUGUCUUGAACAGUGGUAGCCAUUGUCCCUUGUAAACAUCUGUCCGGGAUAAGUUGUCCUUUGUUUCUCGAGUUUUGUUUUGUAAAAGAAAUUGGCACAGUGCAGAAAAAAAAACAAGUUGCUGAAAAGUGUCAAAAGAUUCCUCUUGGGAGGGACUACUAAGUAGUAUUAUUUCAUUGUAUCACGUAAAUGCAACAAAAAAACAUUGGCUUGGCUACUUCUGCAACAAACACAGGAUGUAUCUGGUGGAAGUUAAUGUGAUUUCUCUCAUUAAGUAGGGACGAUUUUCAUUUUGAGUUAAUUUUAAGCAAUGUUUUCUGUAAACUGACGUCAUUCAUGAUGUCCAAAUGUUUUUGUAGUUUCAAGAUUGAUUUAAAAUAUAAACCGUCCUACAAAGAAAUUAAUAUCAGCAGCUUCAAAUCAAAUAGACUAACAGCUAACAGAGGAUUCAUGUCGCAGAUUUAUGAAUCUUUGACCUCUCUGGGCGUCCUUCCUUGUUUAUUGCGCCUGUCAAUGAAAUGUGAAAGUGUGUGCAUGACACUCUCGUCAUGCGACGUACGAUCGUGAGUGACCUCUGUAUCCAGAGUAGAACUGAACUAAUCCUCUAAACAAGAGGACCAUUCUUCAAUACACAGCCCCCACGACCAGUUGGAGAUUAGUCGUGGCUUUAGAUUAACUGGACAUGCUUCUGGCCAGCAUAUGAAAUAAAGACAGAAGUCUGUGUGACAUUUAAAUAGAGAAAUAAGAGAACUCAGAAUAAGUUUUUGGUAUUUAAUUAAAAAAUAAUAUUAAAUGUAUAUUCCUGGUUUAGAUAAGGCUAUAAAAUGUAAUUAUCUACGGCGGCUCCUUUAUGUUUGUGAAAUUCCUUCUAUGACUGAGCCUUAGACUAGAUUAGUAUUUAAUUUAUAUAUUUAAUUAUAAUUAUAAUUAUGAAUACAAAUAUUGUGUUUUUUCGCAUAUGAUUAUGUUUACUUACAAACAUUAUUAAACAGCAUUACUUUGACAUCUCUUUGAAAUGUAUUGUUUAACCACAGCGUUAGACAAUACACAAUAACAUACUGGUUAUCAUAUAAUCAAUAUUCUUACAGUAGGUUUCAAAAACCAAGUAGUCCACUCUCUGUUUGAAUGUAGCAUACAUUAUGAUUUUAGUGACAGGAUAAUAAGGAAUGUUAUCAACAUGUGACACAUUUUGUCACAACCUUUAGUUAUAUGGGAAACUUCAGCAGAUCCCGUUGCUAUAUAAUGACACAUCACAAUGUAAAUCCUCAAAAGCACAAACAGGCCCAUUCACAACUGAAUUUCCUCUGUAAACGGAUAAAUGGCAAAAAGAUUAGUUAGUGUUGAACCCCAGAUGUUAGGAGCCCAGAUAUGCAAUUAUUAAAUACUGUACGAUGUCGUUAUAUAUAUAUUUGCUGUAGUUAUUGGUCCCUAUGAACCCUGUAAACCUCAUUUUGCUUUUCUAAAUAAAAGAAAUUCUGUCCAAUUGCGGUUUAUAAUUUACAGAAAUGAUCUGUGAUUAACUUAAAACAAUAACUACUUGUAAAACAUCCAGCAAUUAUUGGAUCAUUAAUAAAGGAAGUUUAG